AUCCAAACCAAAACAAUGAAGAAACGAGUUCUUUGUGACUAAAAAUUAAAAAAAUUAUUAAUUGGUUUAUUUUACUAUCAAUCAAUAAAUUAUAGUUAUUUCUAAAUUACUGGUAUGAGCUUCAUUACAGUAGCGAGUGGGGAAUAUUGCUAGGAGAUCGUAGACUGAGUCGAACCUGUGCCUACUAGGAUAUAUCAUUUAAAAAUAAGAAAACAUGGGAGAUAACGGUGAAACAGCAAAAGAUCACCCAGAACAUCCUAGAAAAUUAAUUCCUCAAUUAUGCCAGCAGUUUUACAAGUUGGGAUGGGUUACAGGAACAGGCGGAGGUAUCAGCAUCAAAGACGGUCCCAAAAUCUACAUCGCACCGUCCGGAGUGCAAAAGGAGCGAAUCAAACCUGAAGAUUUAUUCGUCCAAAACAUAGAAGGAAAAGACUUGGAGCUGCCCCCGCCUGCCAAAAAACUGAAAAAGAGCCAAUGCACGCCCCUAUUUAUGUGCGCCUACACGAUGAGAAAUGCAGGAGCCGUAAUUCACACUCAUUCGAAAUACGCUUUGAUGGUCACCAUGUUAUUUCCUGGCAAAGAAUUCAAGUGCACCCACUUGGAAAUGAUUAAGGGUAUCAAAAACCAGAAAUUGGGCAGGAAUUUUCGUUACGACGAAGAACUGGUUGUUCCUAUAAUCGAAAAUACACCUUUUGAAGAAGAUCUGACUGAUAGAUUGGAACAAGCAAUCAAAGAUUAUCCCCACACUUGUGCAGUUUUAGUACGGAGGCACGGAAUUUAUGUUUGGGGUGACACGUGGCAACAAGCUAAAUGCAUGACCGAAUGCUACGACUAUUUAUUCGAUAUUAUUUUACAAUUCAAACAACACGGAAUCGAUCCCGCUCUUACUCCGGAACAAUACGAGCUUAAGCAUCAGGAAAAUCUCAAAAAAAUAUUAGAUAAGUAAAUUUUUUAUUCAAAUAACAAAACAGCUACA